AUGCAAUGCUCACAACUACCCAUCCAUCUUAGUGAAGAGAAUUUGCUCAUGCUUAAAGAAGAGAAUUUGUUUCAGCCUUUGCUUCCUCUUCCCAAGAAAACUGUUCCUUGUCCCACAUCCUAUUUUGCCAACCCCAUAUCUAACCUCCUUCUCCCUUCGGCAUCUCCUUCUUCCUACUCAGAUUUCAUACCCUCCCCAUCGCCAGUGCCAACACCCUCAGCCUCUCCAUCCCAGUCUGGAAGCGGUCUAUCCAACGGAACCAUUGCUGGCAUUGCUGUUGUUGCGGGUAUGGCUGUCCUCACGCUGCUGCUGCUGAGCUGGUUGCUGUGGAAGCGAUGCCGCACCAAAGGGGCAGCAGGAGGAGGUGAUACUGACACCGAUGUGGUUGGAAAGGAUUUGGCAGAAGAAAGUGCAUUCCAAGUGCUCGUGUAUGAGUUCAUGGCGAACCGAGACUUGGAGACCUGGAUUGGACCAGGAGCUCCAAGCCACCUCUCUCUGUUGCAACGGCUGGAUGUUUUGAUUGGAGUGGCAAAGGGGCUGCAAUAUCUUCAUGACUUUGGCAUUGUGCAUCGCGACAUCAAGCCAGCCAAUAUUCUCCUUGGUGCGAAAAUGCAGGCCAAGAUUGCAGACUUUGGACUGGUGAAACUCACUGAGGUCACUGCAACGGGCACGUCUGUGGCUGCUACUCGAGUGAUGGGAACACCGGGCUAUGUGGACCCUGCCUACUACAAGUCCCACAAGGCUACUCCAGCAGUAGAUGUGUAUAGCUUUGGUGUGGUGAUGCUGGUGAUCAUCUCAGCACGCAAGGCUGUGCAUGUGAGCGAGACCAGCCAGAUCAGCCUGAGGCAAUGGUGCAUUGGUCAUUCAAGCAUAUAUCCGCAUGGGUGUGUUCAAUAUGAACCCAACAGAUUGCCCCGUUCGUGGAGUCAGAUGCCGUAA